CCUAGCGGUAAAAUUUUAGUUCAGGCAUUUUCACAAUAAUUUUUAGUUGAAGUUUGGAAAAUGUCAUAUCAAAUAACUACUAAUCGUGAUGGUGAUCGAAACUUUUAUGGAAACAGAGGGCGACGUAGAGGCAGAGGAGGAAAUGGAAAUCAAAGUGGCGGUGGCCCAACCCCCAGGUCUCGUCUCGAUGCUGUGGAUGAAGAGGGAGAUAUCGACAUGGGGGGAGGGGCCGGACGACAGGUGCAUUUUAACAGAUACACCCCUUAUGGCGGCGGUGGAGGUAGGCGACCAUAUAGAGGAGGACCGCGAGGUGACCGGGGCGGAUAUAGAGGCAAUUCUAGCUACCAGCCGCCUUCCACAAUGAGCGAUCGUGCAGGAAGCUCACGAAACUCUCUGGAGCGGCUAGGUCUACCCCUGCAAAGAGGUGGUAGAAGAGGCAGUGGGAACUACAACAAGGAUCGACAUGAUGAGAGACAGAGAAGUGUCUGGUAUAAGAUUAUGAUACCUUAUGGCCGUGAAAUGGGAAAAGACUUCAUACUACGGUCGCUGACGACAGAGUGUUCUGUACCAUUCACACCUAUCAGUUUCCGGUUAGAUGGCAAGAUGGCAAUUUUUAACGUUGAGGGCUGGGACACAGCAGAGGCUCUCAUGAAGGUGUCACGACUGGUCACAGCACCUAGUGGGUUCAAGAUGCUAGUGAAGGCCACCCCGAGUGGACCACCAAUGCCUCAGAAUUUGAGUCCAACUAUUUUGGAGCAGGUCAAGGAGGUGCUAAACAAACGAUAUAAUUCUGAGCUUAAAACCCUCAACCUCACUGACUUUCACAACGAUCCAGAUUUUAAAGCGAAGAAGCUGUAUCUGCCACUGAAUCGUCAGAACGUAAUCCUCUCUGUCAUAGACCUUAUUGGCAAAACUGCUUCUGAGGUUGUAGCUCUGGAUUUCACUAAUAACAAACUGCCGAACUGCGACUCGAUUUCAACCCUUUAUACUAAGACUCCAAAACUGAAAGGCCUAAACUUGUCAAAGAAUUAUAUACGUUCAGAGUAUGAUCUUGACCGCAUCAAAGAUCUCAAUCUCCAGGAGCUGAUUCUAGAAGGGAACCCACUCUGCAGCCAGUUCAAGGACAAAAUGUCUUACGUCAGUGCAAUUCGAAAACGAUUUCCCAAGGUCAUCAAGCUGGAUGGCCUUGAUCUUCCCCCACCCAUUGGUUUUGAUGUAGAGACGCACUUAGAACUGCCGAAAUCCAAGGAAAGCUUCUUUGUCAACGAUGUUGUCAAGACGUUAGUACUUCGCUUCAUACAGGAGUACUUUAUGGUGUAUGAUUCCAAUGACCGGCAGCAGCUGCUGAAUGCUUACCACGAACAAGCUUUUUUCUCCAUGUUUGCUGUGCGCAAGGACAACAGCAGGGGUCCAUAUCUGCAGGAGUACCUAUCAGAGAGUAGAAAUAUGAUAAAGGUGAAAGGCUUUGAACGUAGAUCAAAGCUACUGAAGCGUGGAAGGUUAGCUGUAGUAUCGAUGCUCACUACACUGCCAAAGACGCAACAUGACCCCACAUCAUUUUGCAUAGAUAUCAAUCAUUACUCGGCACAGCUUCUGUCAUUCACAGUCACAGGGGUUUUUAAAGAAGGUGAUAAGAGCAGCCCUCCAGUGCGCUCAUUCACAAGGGUAUUUGUCGUGGUUCCUGUAGGCGACGGUCUCUGUAUCGUAAACGAGCAGAUGUGCAUCAACAAUGCAACAGUGGAGCAGGUGCAGGCAUCUUUUAAAUCGCCCACACCGACGCCCUCAUCCAGUCCCAGCUACCCCCAGCCGGGUCCAUCGGGCCUUACGUCGUCACCGGUAACAGGAGCGCCACUUGUUGCUGUGAACUCGCCCUCGUCGCUCACUGUCGAACAGAAGAAGGUGAUGGUGGAGCAGUUCAUGAAAGACUCUGGCAUGAACUCUGAGUGGUCCGCAAAGUGUCUAGAGGAGAACGCAUGGAAUUAUGAAGGUGCUGGGCAGGUGUUCCUGGAACUACGCAAGGUCGGAAGCAUACCGAUGGAAGCCUUCACAAAAUCUUAGGACAGAAGAGUGAACAUAUGCCUAGUCACAUGAACACUUUCUGAUGGGUUAGAAACGUAUCUACCCGUGGUCAAGUCUAUACGGCAGAUGGUGUCAUAUGACCGAGUCAUGGCAGAGACGUUUGCUAAUGCUCCAGUGUUAUUCUUUAUCAGAAAUGAAACAGCACACCCUGUGUCCAGAGCCCCAUUACUUGUGCUUGUAAAUAUUUUGGGCUCCUUUGUGCAAAACAAACACUGUUUUGUGAACUUAAUUGAUAUAUUUUAUGUGUGUAGAAAUUUUCAUUUUAAUUCAACAUCGCAGAAUGAGAUGUGAGAAUAGACAAAGUAAGGUCAAUUUGUUAAGUUACUUUGUUUAUACGACUCUUAGGAUGAUACAUGUGUAAAUUUUAAAGUGCCAUUUUCCAGUUGUAUGAAGUGCACAUACAUUUAUACAGAUUCAUAUGGAAAAUAAAUUAUGUAUUAGUAA